AUGUCGGAUCCGCACCUCUUUGCCAUCCUAAGCCGCGGGCUCAGUCUCCAGAGCCAAAUCUCGUUUAUGGAGCCGGAGCCGGCCAUUCCUCAGGUUGGUGACUUGGAGGACGCCGGGCUCCCGCCGCUCCUCAAGACCUUCUCGUGGACCCGGGCGGCCCCAUUCAAGGAGGAGCGCCAUCACCGGGCCAUCUCAGACUCGAUCGGAAACAACUACAGCCCCUAUGCGACCAACCUGAGCGUGCGACACAUCUCGGUGUCGCAAAAGCGAUCCAUCUCCCAAGAGAAGGACGCUCCCUACAAGGCGCCGUCGUCUCGACCCGUGUCGCCCGAAUCCCGCAUAUCUAUCAUGUACCCCUCGAUCGAGGAGCUUGGUCGCACACGCCCCGUCGAAACAGUGGUGCUGGAUCCAUACGAUCUCGAGUCGUCCAACAUUGCCAAGCAGCUCACUCCGGAGCAGCGCUACUGGUUCUAUGUCCAGAAGGCCGUUCCCUCCGACGCAAUCGCCCCCAUGGAGGACUCGACCAUCGUGGCCAUGAGCCAACACAUCCCACCCAGACUCCUGACUGCCGACCACCUCCAGGGAACCUACAGAGAAGUUCUGGACGAGAUCCGAGAGUCGUACUAUCUGGCCCUGAAGCAGUCGGUCGUCGACUACAUCUUGCUCGAUCCCAAGGAACAGCUUCGCCUGUCGAUUCCGCCCUUUGCCACGGUGUAUGUCCCCAGAAUCGCACGGGCCCCGGUUCCGUGGCACGAAAGCGUCAUCUCCACCAAGAGCUUCAUCACGGACAACCUAUUUAUCACCAAUCCGGUGAUGGUGCGGCUCCUCGACAUCUACAGCCAGUUCGAGGACUGCCGCCUGGUAGACAUGGGCAACUUUACGCCGGCACAGCUCCCGAUCACCAUCGAGGAAUUCCAGGCGAUCCUCAAGAACCAGUGCCAGGCUUUCAAGAACAAGUUGCUCAAUGAGUGGAUCCCAACAGUCGCAAACAUGUUCUUCACCACAAAGGACCAGUGGUACAGCAUUGCCUCGGCCUGUACGGACGCCGAUCUGGGCUACAGACGCCUCGACAGCUUUUUCAAGUCUGUCUGUGCGCUCAUGUCCAACCAGCUGUGGAACAUGAUGGAGCAGUCGCUGGACAGUCUCGAGGGAUUCUUCUCGCAGUUUGUGAGCGCCAGCUCGGAGCUUUCCGUGUUCACGGUCAAGUUGAGCAUCACCGGUGCCCAGAUUCGAUUCGAUCCGCCUCUUUCAGAGCUUGAGGCCGUGGUGCUCACGGUGCUGGAAGAAAUGGUCAAUGCCAUCAAAGAGAUCCCCCGGGUCGAGUCCAAGCUGUUUACAUCCCUGACCGGAGAGCCUCUGUAUCUGCCCUCGAUGGCCCUGGACGACGACCGCAUUGCCGACGGUCGCUACAUCAAGGGAAUCAUAUCUAAGAACACAAUCGCUCCGCAAAAGUACCUCCUGUCUCUCGAAAAGUACAAGACACUGCUGACACAUAAGGCUGAGAAGAAGGUUGAGGAUUUCCUGAGAGAGAAACACGAGCUUGAGGACUUUGAAAUGGAAAUCAAGAAGCUCCUCAAGACCAUUGAAGAGAUCGGUGCAACGCCAUCGAUUGUUCGAUUCAGCUUGAUCUACCUUGAAUGCGAUGCCCUCAAGGCCGAGCUCACAGCCAAAGCCAACAUCCUUGUCCAGCGGCUUGUGGACCAGGUCGCAGAGAUGAGUCGCAAGGCUAAUCUCGCCAUCUGCGAGUCCUACGAAAAGAUCAGCGCAAAGGUCAUGAAGCUGCCGAGCGACACCGAGGAGCUCGUAGAGCUAAUACAGUACAUCGAGACGGCCAAGAGCAAGGACGUGCUGGCCCUGAAGGACGAGAUCUCCAAGGGAAAAAAGCGCCUCGACUUUCUGCUCAACUAUGCAUUCUUGUCCGAGGAGGACAUCAAGCUGAACGGCGUCACCUUCACGUGGCCCUCACGAAUCAUGCCGAUCUUUGAUCUCAGCAAGAAGCGCCUGAUGCAGAAGAAGACCAAGGCACAGGAGGAUCUCAAGGUCAAGAUCGAGACAACCAACACCGAGAUGGACGACUGCUUUGAGCAGGUGUCCAAAUUCCAGGACUACGGCAUCAUGAGCGAGCUGCCCGAGUAUCUCAAGAAACUCAAGAAGCUCGAGACACGACUUGGCGAGCUCGACGAGAUCAUUCGCGGAAUCAACCAAGAGGAGGAGCUGCUCGAGUGGGAAAAGACGCCGUUUGCAAAGUACCAACAGACUAUCGAGUUCCUGGACCCAUACAAGAAGCUCUGGGAGACCACGGCGCAGUUCCAGUCCGAGUACAGCAAGUGGAUGAACGGCCCCUUCAACGAGUUGAACGCCGAGCAGGUCGACGAGCAAGUGGGCGCUAUGUGGCGAACCAUGUUCAAGCUCACAAAGACCUUCUCGGAGCAGCCUGCGCCGCGCAAAAUUGCCGAGUCGAGCAAAAACAAGCUUGACAAGUUCAAGGCGCAUUUGCCGCUCAUCACCAUCCUUCGGAACCCCGGAUUGCGCGAGCGGCACUGGCAGCUCAUGGGCGAGAUUGCAGGACAGCCCAUCUACCCAGACGAAAACACCUCGCUUUCAAAGAUGCUCGAUCUGAAUCUCACGCAGUACAUCUCGCAGUUUGAGACCAUAUCCGAUGCGGCGCUGAAAGAGUUUUCGCUCCAAAAGACACUGCAAAAGAUGCGCGACGAGUGGGAGCCACUCGUCUUCAACUGCAUCGACUACAAGGAGACCGGAACCAAGAUCUUGUCUUCGCUCGAAGAGGUCCAGGCGCUCCUCGACGACCAGAUCGUCAAGGUCCAGACAAUGCGCGGCAGUCCGUUUGUCAAGCCCAUCGAGGAGGAGGUCAAGAGGUGGGAGACAACUCUGACCACAGUCCAGGACAUUAUCGACGCGUGGCUCAAAAUGCAGUCGACAUGGCUGUAUCUGGAGCCAAUCUUCACCUCCGAGGAUAUCAUGGCGCAGAUGCCGACGGAGGGCAAGAAGUUCCGCAUUGUCGAUCGCACCUGGCGCGAUAUCAUGUACAACACCUCGGAAGAUCCAAAGAUCCUGAAUGUGGCCGAUGUGCCGGGUCUGCUGACGCGCCUCAACGAAAGCAACGUCCUGCUCGAAGAUAUCCAAAAGGGGCUGAACGAGUAUCUCGAGAAGAAGCGUCUCUUCUUUCCCCGAUUCUUCUUCCUCUCCAACGAUGAACUCCUGGAGAUCCUUGCCGAGACAAAAGACCCGUUGCGCGUGCAGCCUCAUCUCAAAAAGUGCUUUGAGGGCAUUGCCAGCUUGACCUUUCAGGACAACACCCGCAUUAUCGCCAUGUGCUCGAGCGAAAAUGAACACGUUCGCCUCAAGGAGGUCAUCGAGCCGGCGGCAGCAAAGGGUGCUGUCGAGAAGUGGCUUCUCCAGGUCGAGAAGGUCAUGCAACUCUCUGUCCACCAGCAAAUCGCAAAUGCCAUGAAGGCUUACACCGAAACGCCGCGAGAAAAAUGGGUGCUCGAGUGGCCCGGCCAGGUCGUUAUCUGUGCCAGUCAGAUCUACUGGACCAAGGAGGUGAUCGAAUCGAUCCGCCAGGGCGGGCCCGUCGGACUCAAGGCCUACAAGGAGCUCUGCACCCAUCAACUCGACGACAUUGUGGCUCUGGUCCGAGGUGAUCUCAGCGCGAUGGCGCGCAUGACUCUGUCGGCCCUGGUGGUCAUCGAUGUCCAUGCGCGCGAUGUCGUCGCGGCCCUGGAGAGCGCUGGAGUCACCAACGAAAACGACUUUGAGUGGCUCUCGCAGCUGCGCUACUACUGGGAGGAAGAGCAGGUCAACGUGAGGAUGAUCAAUGCCACUCUGCGAUACGGCUAUGAGUAUCUGGGCAACUCCCCGCGCUUGGUGAUCACCCACCUGACGGACCGCUGCUACCGCACACUGAUUGGUGCUCUGGAUCUCAACCUCGGAGGCGCACCCGAGGGCCCUGCAGGCACCGGCAAGACCGAAUCGGUCAAGGAUCUGGCCAAGGCGAUUGCCAAGCAGUGCGUCGUGUUCAACUGCUCGGACGGUCUCGACUACAUUGCCAUGGGCAAGUUCUUCAAGGGUCUGGCCUCCUCUGGUGCUUGGGCAUGCUUUGACGAGUUCAACCGCAUCGACCUCGAGGUGCUCUCCGUCGUUGCACAGCAGAUUCUGACCAUCCAGCGCGCCGUCAUUGCCAAGAUGGAGAAGUUUGUCUUUGAGGGCACCACCAUCUCUCUCAAUGUAGGCUGCUCGGUGUUUAUCACCAUGAACCCCGGAUAUGCCGGCCGCAGUGAGCUGCCUGACAAUCUCAAGGCGCUGUUCCGGCCCGUGGCUAUGAUGGUGCCGGACUAUGCUCUGAUUUCAGAAAUCUCGCUCUACUCGUUUGGAUUUAUCGAGGCACGCACUCUUGCUCGCAAGAUCGUCGCAACAUACAAGCUGUGCUCCGAGCAGCUCUCCUCGCAGGAUCACUACGACUACGGAAUGAGGGCCGUCAAGGCCGUCUUGACGGCGGCAGGCAACCUCAAGCUGCGGUAUCAGAGUGAAAACGAGCACAUCAUCAUGCUGCGCUCCAUCACCGACGUCAAUCUGCCAAAGUUCCUGACCCAAGACAUUCCGCUCUUCAAGGCCAUUUCCGCCGACUUGUUCCCCAAGGUGGUUCUACCGACGCCGGAUUACAGAAACCUGCUCGGAGCCUUGCAAGACAACAUUGCGAAAAUGAACCUGCAGUUUGUCGAGCCUUUUGUUGAGAAGAUCAUCCAAACAUAUGAGAUGAUGUGCAUCCGACACGGAUACAUGCUCGUCGGCAUGCCUUGGUCGGGCAAGACAACGGCAAACCGGGUCCUCUGUGCGGCGCUGUCGGAUAUGUGCGAGAAGGGCCUCAGCGAGAAGAAGGUGGCCUAUCGCUUCAUCAAUCCAAAGUCCAUCACCAUGGGCCAGCUUUACGGCCAAUUUGAUCCCGUCACGCACGAAUGGACCGAUGGAAUCCUGGCCAACACCUUCCGCGAGUUUGCCCAGCAAGGAACGGCGGAGCGUCGCUGGAUCAUCUUUGACGGCCCUGUCGACGCCAUCUGGAUCGAGAACAUGAACACCGUUCUGGACGACAACAAAAAGCUUUGCCUGACCAGCGGCGAAAUCAUGCAGAUGAGCGGCACCAUGAGCAUCCAGUUUGAAGUCAUGGAUCUCGCUGUGGCCUCGCCAGCAACGGUGUCGCGCUGCGGCAUGAUCUAUCUCGAGCCCGACGUGCUCGGCUGGCGGCCACUGAUGGUGUCCUGGCUGGUAACACUCCCAAGCGGCGUCGGAGAGGAAGAGAGGAGGAUUUUGGAGGCGUUGUUCGACUGGGUCGUUCCGCCAUGCCUCGCUAUGAUCCGCAGCGAAUGCAAGGAGUUUGUCGCCACCUCGCCGAUCAACAUGGCCGUCUCGCUGAUGAACUAUGUGACGUGCCAGCUGGACGAAUUCGCAGUCGAGCAAAAACAAGGAGAGGAGAUUGCGCCCAAUAUCGCGAGCCUCUGGAUCCACAAUGCCUUCUUGUUUGCAGCCGUGUGGGCCCUUGGCGGCACCAUUGACGGCGAGUCGAGGAAGAAGUUUGAUGCUUUCUUCCGCCGACUUGUGGAUGGAGGCGACAACAGCAACCCGAUCCCAAAGAACGUCAAGAUCGACAAGCCGAUACCCGGAAACGGCCUUGUGUACGACUAUGUGUUUCAGCCAGAGCGAAAGUUUGGUGGCUCGUGGAAACUCUGGGUCGAAACCAUCCCCAAGUUUGAGAUUCCGGCAAAGGCAAAGUUCAACCAAAUCACUGUCCCGACAAUCGACACGGCACGGUACUCGCAUCUUCUGGAUCUGCUGAUCACCCACAAUAAGCAGGUUCUCUUUGUCGGCCCGACGGGCACCGGCAAGAGUGUCUACGUCAACAACAAACUCCUCACGGGCCUGGCCCAGAACAAAUACACACCAGUGUUCAUCAACUUUUCGGCCCAGACGAGCGCAAACCAGACACAAGACAUCAUUCUCUCCAAGCUCGACAAGCGUCGCCGCGGUGUCUUUGGCCCGCCUCACGGACUGAAGGCCGUCAUCUUUGUCGACGAUCUCAACAUGCCCGCCAGGGAAAAGUACGGUGCCCAGCCGCCGAUCGAGCUGCUGCGCCAAUGGAUGGACCACCAGACCUGGUACGAUCUCAAGGAUACGAGCGCGAUGCAGCUGAUCGAUAUCCAGUUUGUGGCAGCGAUGGGGCCGCCAGGCGGAGGACGCAAUCCGAUCACGCCUCGAUUCCUCCGACACUUCACCACCGUCGGCAUCACCACCUUCGACGAGGUCACGAUGAAGGCGAUCUUUUCGACAAUCGUGGACUGGCACCUGACCUCGGGAGGGUUUCAGCCGGCCCUGCACGGGCUCAAGGGCCCACUGAUCACCGCCACCAUGGAAAUCUACAACCAAGCCAUCGAGAACUUGCUCCCGACCCCGCUCAAGUCACACUACCUGUUCAAUCUGCGAGACUUUGCGCGGGUCAUUCAGGGGCUGCUGCUGACCCAUCCAGACAAGUUCCAGGAACCGCCCAAAUUCAUUCGUCUGUGGUGCCACGAGGUAUACCGAGUCUUUUACGAUCGUCUCGUUGACGACCAAGACCGGUCCUGGUUCUUCACGACCGCCAAGGACCAAUGCUCGCGCCAGUUUGGCAUCCGCUUCGAGGAUGUAUUUGGCCACCUGGACGUGGCCAGGAAAGGCAAGGUUGACGACGACGACAUGCGCUCGCUGAUGUUUGGCGACUACCUGGUGCCCGACGCCGCCGUCAAGUUCUAUGACGAGGUGCAGAACGUGACGACCAUUUCCGAGGUGAUCCGAGGCCGACUGGACGAGUACAACCAGAUGUCCAAGGCUCCGAUGAACCUGGUCAUCUUUCGGUUCGCAAUCGAGCAUGUCUCGCGUGUGGCCCGGAUCUUGAAACAGCCUGCAGGCCAUGCACUCUUGGUCGGAGUUGGUGGAAGCGGCCGACAGUCGCUCACAAAACUAGCGACCUAUAUGGCCGAAUACCAGCUCUUCCAGGUCGAGAUCGCCAAGAACUACGGCAUGAACGAGUGGCGGGAUGAUAUCAAGCGACUGCUCGUCAAGGUCGGCGGCGAGGGCAAGCAGGUCGUGUUUCUGUUCAGCGACACGCAGCUGCAGCUCGAAAGCUUCCUCGAGGACAUCAACAACAUGCUCAACACCGGCGAGGUCCCAAACAUCUUUGCUGCCGACGAAAAGGCCGCCGUCAUCGAGCAGGUGCGCGCGGCGCUGACCAGGGAGAACCCAAAGCUGGAUGCCUCUCCCGCAGCGCUGUACAACCAGUUCAUCAACCGCUGCAAGGAGAAUCUGCACGUGGUGCUGUGCAUGUCGCCGAUCGGCGACGCCUUCCGCAACCGGUUGCGCAUGUUCCCGUCGCUCGUGAACUGCUGCACGAUCGACUGGUUCCAGGUGUGGCCCGAGGAUGCGCUCGAGAUUGUGGCCAUGAAGUUCCUCGAGGAGGUCGAGCUGCCCGAGACGCUGCGGCGGAGCGUGGUGGUCAUGUGCAAGGAGUUCCAUGUGGGCGCUCGGCGCCUGUCGGAAAAGUUCUUCGAGGGCCUCCGGCGGCACAACUAUGUGACGCCAACGAGCUAUCUGGAACUGAUCCAGACCUACAAGGGCCUGCUCGGGGUCAAGCGGAAGGAAGUCAACGGUCUCAAGUCGCGGUACGAAGUCGGUCUGGACCAGCUGGCCUCGGCGGCGCAGCAGGUCGGAUCCAUGCAGAUCGAGCUCCACGACCUGCAGCCACAGCUCAUCAAAACACAGAAAGAAACCGACGACAUCAUGCUUGUGAUCCAGCGAGAGUCGAUAGACGUCGAAAAGAAGCGGGCCCUCGUCAAGGUCGACGAGGAGGUGGCGAACAAGAAGGCGGGAGAGGCCAAGGCUAUCAAGGACCAGUGCGACGCCGAUCUGGCCGAAGCAAUCCCAGCGCUCGAGUCGGCGAUGGAGGCGCUCGAUACGCUGAAGCCCCAAGACAUCACGGUUGUCAAGUCGAUGAAGAACCCUCCGGGGGCUGUCAAGCUGGUGAUGGAGGCGGUCUGCGUCAUGAAGCAGAUCAAGCCUGCGCGCAUCAAGGAUCCCGGAGGCUCUGGCAAGAUGGUUGAGGACUAUUGGGGCCCGGCCCAAAAGAUGCUCAGCGACAGCCAUUUUCUGCAGUCCCUCAAGUCAUACGACAAGGACAACAUCGACCCCAAGGUGAUCGCCAAGAUCCGGUCGACAUACAUCAACAAUCCCGACUUUGACCCCAACAUCAUCAAGAACUCGUCGUCCGCAUGCGAGGGCCUGUGCAAGUGGGUGCGAGCCCUGGACAAGUACGAGGUUGUAGCCAAGGUUGUCGGCCCCAAGAAAGAGGCGCUUGCCAAGGCCGAGGCGGAGCUGGCCAUCGAGAUGGCCAAGCUCAACUCCAAGCGCGCCGAGCUGAAGGAAGUCGAGGACAAGAUGGCGGCGCUCGAGGGCAACUUCAAGGCCAUGACCGAGAAGAAGGCCGACCUCGAGAAACAGGUGGACUUGUGCUCCAAGAAGCUCGAGCGCGCCGAGAAGCUCAUUGGCGGACUUGGUGGUGAGAAGGACCGGUGGAGUGAGGCGGCUCGGACCCUCAACAUCACCUUCAACAACCUGAUCGGCGACGUGCUGCUGUCAUCCGGUGUAAUUGCAUAUCUCGGGGCCUUUACGCUGGCGUACCGUCAGAUGAUGCUGGCCGAAUGGAACAAGAAGUGUGCCGAUAACCAUAUCCCGUGCACCUCCAACUUUUCGCUUGUUGCAACCCUUGGCGACCCGAUCCAGCUGCGGCAGUGGAGUCUCUCUGGGCUCCCAAACGACAGCUUCUCGUGCGAAAACGGCAUCAUCUCGAGCAAGACACGCCGCUGGCCCUUAUUUAUCGACCCACAGGGACAGGCCAACAAAUGGGUCAAGAACAUGGAAAAGUCCAACCGCCUGGCGGUCAUCAAGCUGUCGGACAGCGACUAUGUCCGCACGCUCGAGAACUCGAUCCAGUUCGGCACACCGGUGCUGCUGGAGAACAUUGGCGAGGAAAUCGACUCUGUCCUUGAGCCACUGCUGACGAAGCAGAUAUUCAAGCAGUCGGGCGUGCUCUGCAUUCGACUCGGCGAGGCGGUGAUCGAAUACUCGCCGGACUUUAGGUUUUACAUCACAACGAAGCUGCGCAACCCCCACUAUCUGCCGGAAACCUCAACCAAGGUCACAAUUGUCAACUUCAUGAUCACACCCGAGGGUCUGGAGGACCAGCUGCUCGGCAUCGUCGCCGCCAAAGAACGGCCGGAGCUGGAAGAGGAGAAGAAUCGACUCGUGAUCGCCUCUGCCUCGAACAAGAAGCAGCUCAAGGAAAUCGAGGACCAGAUUCUCGAGAUUCUGUCCAAAAGCCAAGGCAACUUGCUUGAAGACGAGUCAGCAAUCAAUGCCCUGACAAGUUCCAAGGUUCUCUCGAACGAUAUUGCGCAGAAACAGCAGAUAUCGGAGGAAACCGAGAAGCAGAUCGAUCUGACGCGGCAGGGAUAUCGGCCCAUCGCAACCCACUCGUCCAUUCUAUUCUUUGUGAUUGCCGAACUCGCAAACAUCGAGCCCAUGUACCAGUACUCGUUGACUUGGUUCAUCAACCUCUUCCUCCAGGGCAUCGCUGAUUCGGAGAAAUCGGACGAUCUCGAGACCCGCAUCGACAACCUCCGCGACUACUUUACAUACUCGCUGUACUGCAACGUCUGCCGCUCGCUGUUCAAGAAAGACAAGCUUCUGUUUUCGUUGCUCCUGUGCAUCGGCUUGAUGAAGGGCCGCAAUGAGAUCGAUCAUGACGAGUGGAUGUUCUUGCUGACCGGCGGUCUGUCGGUAUCCGGCGAGAUGCCGCCCAAUCCAUCGCCCGAGUGGCUGAGCGAAAAGUCGUGGACAGAGAUAUGCAAGUUCUCGCAGCUACCGGCGUUCACCACGUUCCGCGACAGCUUCGCCGAUACAGUCGACCAGUGGCGGGAAGGCAUGUACGACUCGCCCGAGCCCCACAACGAGCGGCUGCCUGGGGGCUGGGAAGAGAAACUCUCGGCCUUCCAAAAGUUGAUUAUGCUGCGAAUCAUUCGACCAGACAAGCUGGUUCCCGGCAUCAUGGAGUUUGUACGCGGCAAGAUGGGGGUCCGGUAUAUCGAGCCCCCUCCCUUCGACCUUGCGGCAUCCUAUGUUGACUCGAGCAACAGCACUCCGUUGAUCUUUAUCCUAUCUCCUGGGUCGGACCCCAUGGCAGGCUUGCUCAAGUUUGCCGACGGAAAAGGAAUGGGCGGCAACCGGUGCCAGAGCAUUUCGCUGGGCCAGGGACAGGGCCCCGUCGCGGCGCAAAUGAUCCGCAACGCAGCCAAGACCGGAAGCUGGGUGGUGCUGCAGAACUGCCAUCUAGCUGUUUCGUGGCUGCCGACGCUCGAGAAGAUAUGCGAGGAGCUGUCGCCGGACGUAACCCACCAAGAGUUCCGGCUGUGGCUCACCAGUUACCCGUCCGACCGGUUUCCGGUGACGUUGCUCCAGAACGGCGUCAAGAUGACGAACGAGCCACCGGCUGGCUUGCGGGCCAACUUGCUGCGAUCGUACACCUCUGAUCCGAUCAGCGACGAAGCCUUCUUCAAAGGCAUCAAGAGGUCCGCUGAGGCCACAUGGGAGAAGCUGCUGUUUGGACUGUGCUUCUUCCACGGACUUGUCCAGGAACGGCGCAACUUUGGACCGCUGGGAUGGAACAUCCCGUAUGAAUUCAACGAGUCGGAUCUGCGGAUGAGCGUCCGGCAGCUUCAGAAGUUCCUUAACGAGUACGAAGAAGUACCGUGGAAGGCGCUGCUCUAUCUGGCUGGAGAAUGCAACUACGGCGGCAGAGUCACCGAUGAUCGAGACCGCCGUGCGCUCAUGUCGCUACUCUCUGGAAUCUACACACCCGAGAUCCUGGAUGACGACUUUCGCUUGUCGCCGUCGGGGGUUUACUACGCCCCGCCCAAGGGCACAUACGACUCGUACACGCAGUACAUCAAGUCGCUGCCGAUUAUCCAGCACCCAGAGGUCUUUGGCAUGCAUGAGAACUCGGAUAUCGCCAAGGAUGUGGCCGAGACGAACCUGCUGCUCUCGUCGGCGCUGAGCACCCAGGCCCGGGUGGCCGGAGGCGGCGGCAAGUCACAGGAUGUGGUUUGUCGCGAGAUCGCAAACGAUAUCCUCAGCAAGCUCUUGGACCAGUUUGACAUUGAGGCGAUCCAGAAGGCCUUCCCGGUUCGCUAUGACGAAAGCAUGAACACAGUCCUGAUCCAGGAGCUGGUCCGCUUCAACAGGCUCCUGAAAAUCAUCCGCGAGAGUCUGCAAAACGUCCUCAAGGCACUGAAGGGACUAGUGGUCAUGUCCAAGGAACUCGAAGAGCUCGUCAACAGUUUGAUGGUUGGCAAGAUCCCAGAGAUGUGGGCGGGCAAGUCCUAUCCAUCGCUGAAGCCCUUGGGAGCCUAUGUUCACGACUUUGUGGCCAGACUCAAAUUCUUCCAGAAGUGGGUCGAGGCUGGAUCCGCUCCUCCGGUGUUUUGGAUCUCGGGAUUUUUCUUUACACAGUCGUUCUUGACAGGAACGCUGCAAAACUAUGCGCGCAAGUACGGCAUCCCCAUCGACCUGCUGACGAUGAACUUCAAAGUCAUGAGGGAAGAUGACUUUGCCGUCGGGCCCGAAGACGGCGUGUACAUCCGCGGCAUGUUCCUCGAAGGCGCCCGAUGGGAUCGCGAGAGCGGCUUCCUGGCCGAGCAGCUCCUGAAGCAGCUGAGCGACCCGGUGCCCAUCAUCCAGGUGAUCCCGACCAACUCGGACGAUGCCAAGAAGCACCGCGAGAGCACAUACGAAUGCCCCGUCUACAAGACCAGCAUGCGACGGGGCACCUUGAGCACCACAGGGCACUCUACCAACUACGUCAUGCCGCUGUACUUGCCCACAAACAAGAACCCAAAGCACUGGAUCAACCGCGGCGUUGCGAUCGUCCUUCAACUGUCGGAUGCAUAGACUCCUCCUGCAAACUAUUCCCUCGACAGCGACUGCACUCGGGCGCUCUCGGCAGCCUCGGCGAUAUACCCCUUGAUGCAGAAUACCCAAAACGAAACGGGACACCCUGUUUUCUGGGCCCCGAAUACACCCCAUUCAUCAUUCACUAUGACCAAACA